AUGGGGGCCCGGCCCUCCAGCCCCCUGAGCAAACGACAGCAGCAGCAGCUGAGGGGUCAGAUGGAUAGCCUGCUGAGGACCUUCUUGCCCUGUUACCGAAGGCAGCUGGCUGCAGUGGUGAUCAAGCACAUCGCUCAGGAGUUGGGACCCAAGGAGCCAGCCAAGUGUCAGCUGUCCCACACCAAAAAGCUGCCUCGAAUCCGGGAGCACCAAGGACCUUUGACCCUGCUGUGGGGCCACCCGCCACAGUGGCAACCCACUUUCUGUGUUCUGCGUGGAGAUGGAUGUCUGGAAUGGUUCAGCCACAAGGAGGAGUUUGAGGCUGGGGCCCGUCCUCUGGGCUCUGCAGCCCUGACUGGGUAUACGCUGCUCACUUCCCAGCGUGAUUACCUCUGCCUUUUGGAUGACCUCUGCCCCAGCUCCUCCGGGGACCUCGUCCAGGAGGAGUCAUUGCAGCUACUGGAGGAGCCGGUGAGGUUCGUUCUCUUCCUUGUGCACCCCUUCCGGGCUCACCUCUGCUUCUACGUGGGCACUCGGGGGGCGCAGCGCGCCUGGAGGCUCAGCCUGCAGGGUGCCAUCCGUCUAAGGGCCACCGUACUGCAGCGCAGCAAGGCGCCUGCGGCCUGUGCCUUCUUGGACGCCGUGAGGCUCUAUCGAGGACACCGAGGCUAUUCCAGUGGUGACAGUGAGAUGCUGGGUUCCGAUGCGGAGGUGCUCAGCGCCGAGCUGAUGCGGGAACUGUUGCCCACGCUGCGUCCACAGACGCUCCGAAGUUUGCGAGGUGCGGGACGAACCCGAGCCCGGGCCUGCUCAGAGUUCCUCGACGCUGUGCACACGGCCGUCCUGGCCUGGGCAUCCGCGGGGCUGCGAGCCUUCCAGCCAGAAAAGGACGCGCUGCUAGCCGCACUAGAAAGGACGGUGCGUGCAGACCUUGAGCAGAUCCUGCAGCAGCGCGCGCAAAGGGCGGGGAGAAUAGAAGCCGAUAUCCGGGACGCUCUGGAAGCGUGCCUGUGCCGUGUGGUGAACCCGCAACUGCCCCAGCUUACCGUGGCCCUGCUGAGUCCCGUGGAAGCCAUGCUUGGAGCUGUUCAGACCCUCCUCAUCCGGGGGAUGGAUCGACUGUUUAGCCACCUGCGCAAGAAUCCUUCUGGCCCUCGACUGCGCAGGGAGGUUUAUGAAUUUGGGGAGAUACCGUGGGACCCAGAGCUGAUGCAGGCCUGCUACCGGGAAGCAGAGAGGAACCGCAGCCACCUAGCCCAGCUGGCAGAACCCUUUGGCUUUCUGAGGGUGCGGAGUCUGGUGUUUGGAGCACAGGACCUUGUACAACAGCUCAUGGCGUCCGCAGUCACCACCUUCCUCCAACUGGCUGACAAGUGUCUGACAUCGGCUCUGGACUGCAGCCAAGCAGUUGAGCAGCUGGAGAAAGUCAGGGGCCUCGUGCUGAAGAAGUUCACCUCGGACAGUGAGACUGCGCGGUGGAGCUUCACCCGGGACUGGCUGCUGGGAAUCAUCUGGCCUUUCGUGUGGAGCCAGCUCAGGGUGAGCUGUAACCUGGAGCAGUCCGAGGUGGAUGGGGACAUUCUGGCCGUGGGCAGCCAGGUUCUGACCACUGAGGGUGUCUGCAGGGAUGUCAUCCAGGGUCUCUUGUUGCAGAGGAUUGACCGAGAGGUGAAACAAAUUCUUAGUGCCAGUGACAGAAGCUGCUCUCCAGCUGACUUCUCAGCACCACAAUGGGACCAGGAAGGAGCAGAUGAGGAAGCCGAGGUUCAGAGGUGAGAGAGAGACUUUCUCUGGCAGCCAAAUGCAGCCUCUCCACCCAGCAUUGCUUUCGAGACCACUCCAGACCUGAGUCUUCACCACACCCAUCCAGACCAACAAUGGAUGUGACCUCUGGGUCCAGUGUGUGAAUGCUUCUGGCUUUGUAACUAUUAUACAUCCAACAAAGCAUCAUUGAUAGUGUAUUCCUGCUAGAAUCUGUACACUCAAGUGCUGACCUAACCUGGGCUACCACAAUAAGACCCUGUCUCUAAAACACAACCCAAACCCUCUGUUGAUAUGAUACAUGUAAUCCCAUUGUUUUCAUUUUUAUUUUUAUUAGUUUUUACUUUUAAA